CUUGCUCAGGUUCUUCGAGCAUACUCUCCAGUCGUUUCUGUCGAAGUCAACCACUACUGAUUGUCUGUUCUAUUGUCAAAAUGACCGAAGAGAAAAAUCGCAAUGACUCUGUUUCUGAGAAAAAAGAUGCUGCUGUGUCUGAUAAUGGCAGCUUAGGCUCCAAGAAACUUGUCGCAGAGGGUGAACAAGCCGAUGUGUCCUCAGACUCUCCAGCAAAAGACUCUCAUCCUGGGCAUGAAUAUCCUGGAACAUUAUCGCUCGUGGCUAUCAUGAUUGCGGUAUACUUGGCAAUAUUCCUCGUUGCUCUUGACCGGACCAUCAUUGCUACUGCGAUCCCACGGAUCACCGAUGAUUUUCACGCCCUCGACGACAUUGCCUGGUACGGCAGCGCGUACCUUUUGACAAGUUGCUCUUUUCAGUUAACAUUCGGACGGCUAUUUACCUUCUACUCACCCAAGUGGAUCUUCUUGCUUGCUAUCAUCAUCUUCGAAAUAGGAUCCGCCGUAUGCGGUGCUGCGCCAACCUCAACAGCAUUCAUUGUUGGUAGAGCGGUUGCGGGAAUGGGAUCUUGCGGUAUAUUCUCUGGAGCAAUUGUGAUUGUGACCGAUGCAGUGCCAUUACAAAAGCGCCCCAUGGUGACGGGUAUGAUGGGUAGUCUUUUUGGGAUUUCUUCUGUUAUUGCCCCUCUGAUGGGAGGCGCAUUCACUGAUAAUGUGACAUGGAGAUGGUGCUUUUACAUCAACUUGCCAAUUGGUGCAGUCACUAUUCUCGUCAUUACCUUUAUCCUACAGGCAAAUCCCCCACCAAACCCAAGCCCCGCGCGUACCCUAAGUGAUCGUUUUCACCAACUCGACCCUCUCGGAACUUUGGCUUUCCUACCAAGUAUCGUGUGUCUAAUUCUUGCUCUCCAAUGGGGUGGCACACAAUACUCGUGGAGCAAUGGACGAAUCAUUGCCUUGUUCGUUGUAUUUGGUGUACUCAUGGUAGCGUUCAUCUUGAUUCAGAAGUGGAAACAAGAGACAGCCUCGGUGCCACCUCGAUUUGUAAAGAAGAGAAGCAUAGUGUCAGGCUCCUUCUUCUCUCUAUGUGUUGGAGGAUGUAUGAUUCUCAUUGUUUAUUACCUCCCUGUUUGGUUCCAAGCUAUCAAAGGAGUGAGCCCAGUCAAGUCGGGUAUCAUGAACUUGCCGCUGGUAUUGUCACUCGUUGUCGGUACUAUUAUGGCAGGAGUUCUCGUCUCAAAGCUGGGAUACUUCACCCCUUUUAUGUUUCUCGGCACUAUCUUCAUGUCGAUCGGCGCGGGGCUCUUGACAACCUUUACUACAACCACCAAUCACCCCAUGUGGAUUGGCUACCAGGUGAUUCUGGGGUUGGGGAUCGGUUUUGGUAUGCAGCAACCAAGUCUUGCAGCUCAAACUAUUCUUGAGCGCAAGGAUGUUCCCACCGGUGCAUCUCUCAUGAUGCUAUUCCAGUCACUGGGAGGUGCCAUCUUCUUGGCAGUUGCUCAAACCGUCUUCGACAAUGGUCUGGUAAAUCGCGUACAAGAAUCACUCAGCGGGGAGCAUGGUCAGAAUAUUGCUCAACUAGUUCUUCAAGCUGGCGCAACGGGUAUUCGCAAUCUCGUCAGCCCGGCAGACUUACCUGCAGUUUUGGUUGCAUACAAUUCAGCCAUCACGAAGGCUUUCUACGUCGCCGUAGGUCUCUCAUGUGCCUCAAUAUUUGGCGCUCUUUUUAUGGAGUGGGUGAGCGUCAAGGGAGGAGACAAAGAGAAUGGGCCUAUUACCCCUAAAGAUGAAGAAGCUUGAGUCCCGGCAUUACCCUACCAUCGUGUAAGAUUUAGCAAAGAG